AUGCCAAGCUAUAAGACUUGCCUACAUCGCCUGCUCGCUGGCUCGGGAGUCGAGUUCUGGUUCUUCUCCAUCGACAGCAAAGAUUUCUUGCCAUGGGUAUGUAUUCAUUCACUGUUGUUGCCAGCCGGCUCAUCAGUUCACGGGGUUCCCUUGCCCGCCUGCAUCUUCUCAUACAUAUCCCCCUUGCUAACCUGUGCAUCAUCAGCCUCCGCCGUAGAACACGACCGCGACUUCUCGAGCGAGGAGAAGCCGCCGGUGUAUGCCAAUGCCGCCCACAACCCCUUGCUGCGGGCGGGCGACUAUGAGGGCAAGCCGACGGAAGAAGAGUUCAAGACGCUGCGUCGUGUGCCCGGCCCCAUGCCCACCGUCGCCUAUGUGAUUUGCGCCGUCGAGUUUGCAGAGCGGGCUUCGUACUAUGGCGUUCAGCAGCUCAUUGGCAACUUUGUCAAUCGCCCGUUGCCGGCCGGGGGAAAUGGCUGGGGUGCUCCUCCCAAGGGCACCCAGGAGACGGCCGGUGCCCUUGGUCUGGGGACCGUCAAGGCCAAUGCCGUCUCUCAGUCCUUCUCCAUGUUGGUGUACACGCUGCCCGUCUUCUUUGGCUGGCUGGCCGACACGAGGACGGGGCGGUUCAAGCUGAUUUGUUGGGGUAUUCUGGUCUUUGGUCUUGCCCAUGCAUUGAUGGUCGUUUCGGCGUCCAAGUCGCUGCUGGCCGAUGGAAGCGCAAAGGUGCCGUAUCUGCUGUCUCUGUAUAUCUUGGCUGUGGGUGCUGGCAAGUCUUGUCCUUGGGGCGCCAUGUUCAAGCCGAAUGUUUCCCCGCUGCUCUUGGAUCAGAUGGCGACUAGAGUGCCCAAGGUGGUCACAACCAAGAAGGGUGAGAGAGUCAUUGAAGAUCCCGAGGCCACAACGGAGCGAGUGAUGUUGUGGUUCUAUCUCCUCAUCAACAUCGGCGGUUUCAUGGGUGUCGCUACCACUUACAGCGAAAAGUACGUUGGCUGGUGGCUAGCGUUCUUGCUCCCGCUCCUACUGUACCUGCCCCUACCAUUCCUCAUGUGGUACCUCAGGAAGCGCCUCAUCCUCCACCCCCCAGCUGGCAGCGAGCUCGGCCGCGUCUUCAAACUGCUAGGCGUCAUUUUCCGACGCGGUGGCAUCAAGAGAAUCGGCCGCAGUGGCUUCUGGGCCCUUGGAAAGCCCUCCAACAUCGCUGCUGCAGGCCUCCACAUCUCCACCGGCUGGAAUGACGAAUUCGUAGAAGACGUCCGACGCGCCUUCCAAGCCACCGGAAUCUUCUGCUUCUUCCCCAUCCAGUACCUCAACGACAACGGCAUCGGCGGCGCAGCCGGCUACCUCUCCACCAUGCUCACCACCAACGGCGUCCCCAACGACGUCAUCCAAAACUUCAACACCCUCAGCAUCAUCGUCGCCGCUCCCAUCUUCAACUAUGCUCUUUACCCUGCCCUCCGCAAAGCACGCAUCCACUACGGCCCUGUCGCCCGCAUCACCACGGGCCUCGCCAUGUCUGCCGUGGGCGGCGCAGGCUACGCCAUCCUCAACUACUACGCCUACCAACAAUCUCCCUGCGGCGAAUACGGCUCCGAUAACUGCACGGUCGGUACCGGCGUAGCUCCUAUCACGAUCUGGUGGAUGGCCAUCCCCUACGGCCUGGGCGGUAUCUCGGAAAUCUUUGUCAACGUGCCCGCGUACGGGAUCGCGUACUCGCGCGCGCCCGUCAACAUGCGCGGUCUCGUGUCUGCCAUCAACCUCUUCAACACGGGGGUUGCGUACGCGAUUGGCCUCGCAUGCUCCUCCGUCAUCCGCGACCCCUAUCUCACGUGGGAUUUUGCGGGCCCCGCCAUUGUAGGUGCCGUUUUAGCCGUCAUCUUCUAUGUCCUGUUUCGCCACAUGGACAAGGAAGAGUAUGUUAUGCGCGACGAGGGCAGUGUGGAUUACGUGUUGGAGUUGGAGGGAACGCCGGGGGUGUUGGGCACGCAUGAGGGGAAUAAGACGGUGAAUGAAACGCCUGCGAUUGGACUCCAUGAGGAAAUGAUGAUUUCGCAGAAACAGUGA